AUGACAGAAAUUAAGACUGAUAUUCUUACAAUAUUAACUUUAAGUUAUCAGGAAUGUUAUGACAUUAUCAUUGAUUCUCUAAAGAAUGAAUUACCCACGUUAUAUUCAUGCAUUAACGUCAAUCGGUCAUUUUGUCGAAUCUUUAUACCGAUUCUGUGGAGUAAUCCUUUCAAAUUUAUCAAAACGGACCAAAAAUUAAUUCAAAUAUUUAACACACUCAUACAUUGCCUUGACCCGUCUAUUAAAAUAAAAGAAAUUCCUACAUCAAAGGCGUAUUUUGAUUAUCACACCUUGAUUAAAGAGUUUGAAUUAAAUCCUUUACAAAAAGGAUUGAGACUUUGGACUUUAAAGUAUUUAUCAAAGCAAAAUGAAACAUUUCUAAUCUCAUGCGAUAAAAAAAUACGUAAAAAAGUGGUCAAAAUUAACAAAUAUAUUGGAGAAUUAUUUUUCAGUAAAAGGAAUCAAUAUGAAUUCAUCAAUAUUUAUUAUAAUGAUUUAUUAUUUGCACCAAAAUCCUUAUUAGACGUUUGCGGAUUUAAGAAUCAUGAAGAAAGUUUGAUCAAGGUUAAUAAAUUGUCAAUAGGAUUCUUUCAUAAGAGCAAUGCGAAUUUAAUUCCGGUUAUUACCGAAAAUUUUUCAAAGCUUCAAAAAAUUCUGUCACCGAACAUACAACAUUUGCAAAUCUCUAUUGAUACGACGAGGCAACACACAAAGUUAUCCACCAACUUGAUAAAUUUUAUUAAAUCUCAACUUUGUUUAAAAUCCUUAAUUAUGGGCGUCUUUUGGAACAGUUUACAAAACAAAUCUUUUCUUUAUGCCUUACAAAAACAAUCAAAAUCUUUGACCUUUUUAAGGUUGGGAUGCGUUGAUAUCUCUUAUUGCUCUUUUAUUAAAGAAGUUCAACAACAAUGUCAUUUGAAUAUAACUCAUUUCCAUUUGAUAAUUAGUCGAAAUUACUCAUUCGUUGAUUUAAUUAUUAUAUUGAAAAAUUUACGAUUGAUUCAUUUGAAAAUUAAUCAAACUUCUUCCAAUCGAAAUUAUUUAUCGGGCUGUGUUCAUCUAUAUAAGGAAUUCUCUCAAGCAAUUUCCCCUACUUUAGAAAUACUUGAGGUGGACUUUGUUGUAUCGGAUACGUUUUUGGAAACCUUACUUCAUGAGACCAAAAUUAAUCUUCAAUACAUUAGGUUGUACCGUUAUGAGUACAGGGACACCUCCUUAAGAAUCUUUUACAAUUACGCAAAAAGAAAAAAGUGUUUUAGAGAACUUGGAUUGUCUCAUAUUUUACACUUUUCUACAAAACGCUUGAGGAAGGCGCAAAAACUAUUUAGGGUAAGAGAAUGCUCGGAUGAUGAAAUUUUGAGCCCAUUUUAUGAUGUACCAAUCGCAAAUUCUUACUGGAGCAACAGAGUUACAGAAUAG